UCUUUUGUCUUUGGAUUCGCAUCUCCUGUCAAAUUAUGUUUGAUUGACUGGAUUGACUGUUUAUUUGAUGAAUACUUGUGUACAGAGAAAAUAAUACGAAAAUCUUAUUUAUUUCUCAUUUCUUGAGUGAAAACCUUUGUAUAAACAAUGGAGAGGUUACUAGCAUGUCGUGUUUGCCUCGCUACGGAUGUUAAUCUUUAUGACAUGUACAAAUAUAAGUUGAAAAACAUGUAUGAGUGUAUCAGUGGGCUUUGCAUAACUUCAACAGAUACCUAUCCGCAGUAUUUAUGCAGUUACUGCUGUGCCCUGGUCAUCAAAUGUGUAAAUUUCAGGGAUAGAUGUCAAAAAGGCUAUGAGUUGUUAAAGUAUGCAGAGAUUAAUGGGCAAAGUAUCAACCAAUUAAAGUCCCUCUCAUCCUCAAACCCGCUACCAUACACAGCAACAGCUCCAGAAGUAACGGAUCUUACGGAACAAGUUAAAACUGAACCGGAUGUAAAACAAGAACCAGACUUGUCCGAUGAAGAACCAUUGUCUAAUAAGGUGAAGAAGAAGUUUAAUUAUGAGGAGAAUGAAUUUGAUGAUGGCAAUGAUUUUAGUGGAGCGCCUGAUGAUAAUGAACUUGGUGGAAACGAAUUUGAGGUAAUAAUACUGACCAAAGAGGAACAACAUCAAGAGAUAUUAGCUCGUAAAGAAUCUUACAACUAUUUACACUCUUACUACAAGUGCGAUCUAUGCUACAAAGGCUUCAUACAAGAUGUGACGUACAGGAAUCAUAUGCGGAGACAUGAUCCGUCCAACGGCCCCUCACAAUGCGACAUCUGUCACACGCGCUGGCCGGACGCUCGCUCGCUAAAAUCACACACAACAGCGUCACACGAACGCAAAUACAUAUGCAAAAUAUGCAAUCACAUCACCAAGAGCUCCUUUCGUGCGAAAGAACACUUGAAGUGGCAUUCAGGGUACAAGUUUGUUUGCAAACUCUGCGGAAUGACGUUCGCAAAGUCGACGAGUCACUUGACACAUCUGAGGACGCGUCAUCCGAGUGACGUUAAUUGUGAUGUAUGUGGUGAGAGUUUUCUGGGAGAAGUCGGGUUAAAUAUGCAUAAGAAGAAGUCACAUCGAGGAUACGAGCAAUUAAAUCUAAAACUACAUUUGAAAUGUGUGACCUGUGGAGUUCAAUUUAAAUGUGUCGAAGCAUUGAAGAAACAUGUCGGUGACUUUGAAAAUGGUGUUUGCGAUCGGAAUAUCAGUUCUUGUUAUCAAUGCGGUGAGAAUAUAAAGAAUCAAGAAUUAUUGAAGGAUCAUAUAAAGACACACGAGGUCGCCGUUAGAUGUGAAGAGUGUAAUCGCAAUUUUGCCCACGAGCGCUCAUUCGCGGUCCAUUAUCAAAGGGUACAUCUAGGUUAUAACUUGAAACCUAAGUCUGGCAAGGAGAGGCCUAGGAAGUCAGCCUGGGUCUGCGAGAUAUGCGGCAAGAAAUGCAUGUCAAAUGCAACGCUGAUUUAUCAUCAACGAGCACAUACGGGGGAAAAACCGUUCCAAUGCAGCGAAUGUCCGAAGAAAUUCAGUGUUUUUCAGCGAUUACAGAUACAUCUUCGUACGCACACUGGUGAGAGGCCAUUCAAGUGUUCGAGCUGUCCGAAGGCUUUUAAACACAAAGCGGCUUUGAAUAGACAUGAUAGGGUGCAUUCAGGUGUGAAGCCAUACCAGUGCGGUCACUGUGCGAAGACCUUCUCCCAAUCCAACUCCAUGAAGCUACAUGUCAGGACAGUUCAUCUGAAGAUGCCGGCUCCCUAUAGAGGGAGGAGGAAUAAAACUGAGUGAUAUAUGUCGAAGUAGUAUAUAUACUUGUAAUAUAAAUUCAAAAGUGUUUGUCUGUGUCGCUUUCACGCUGGAACUACUGAACUUUUUGUAAUGAAUUUCGUUGUACAGAUAGUCUAAACUGUCUAAAGUCUCAGAAAGGAUAUAGGCUACUUUUCAACUGGAAAAAAAUGGUUGAAAGGGUGGGUAAUGAGGCUACAUUCUAUCCCGAAAACGACUGCGCGUUGUAAACUGAAGUCAACGCGGCCGCUAUUAUUAAGUAUUAUAAUUACCAGUGUAUCAUAAUGUAAUGUUAUAAUAAAUGAUCUGUUUUUAAUUGUAGUUUUCUUUGAACCUAACUAAUAAGUUAUCACAGCUUAAAUUUAAAAAUGAAUGAAAGC